UCCGACAGGCGCGAGUUCAAAUAUUCAAACCGAGGCUUUACACAACAAAAACAUUCGCAAAAAAACGGGUUAAAUAUAUAAACACAACUCUUUUAUCCAUCAAGAUACAUAUAACAUAUUGUGUGUUCUUGAGGUGAUUAUGGGUGUUUCUGAGCUCUGGUCCAUCCUGGAUCCGGUCCGGCAGUCUGUGCCGCUCUACAGUCUGUCAGGAAAGACCCUCGCCGUGGAUCUCAGCCUGUGGGUCUGCGAGGCCCAGCACGUGCAGGGCAUGAUGGGAAAAGUCACAAAACCGCAUCUCAGGAACCUGUUUUUCCGCGUGUCCUCGCUCACGCUGAUGGGUGUGAAGCUGGUGUUUGUGAUGGAGGGAGACGCGCCGAGAAUCAAAGCCGAGACCAUGAGCAAACGCACCGAGAUGAGGUACGGCAGUGCGAAGACCAAGCCGGCAGCCGCCAAAAACACCGGCAGAGGCCGAUUCAAGGCCGUCCUGAGAGAGUGCGCCGAGAUGCUGGACUGUCUGGGAGUGCCGUGGGUGACGGCGGCGGGCGAGGCGGAGGCCAUGUGUGCCUAUCUGGACUCACAGGGCGUGGUGGACGGAUGCAUCACUAACGACGGCGAUGCCUUCCUCUACGGCGCUCAGACCGUCUACAGGAACUUCAACAUGAAUACGAAGGAUCCUCAGGUGGACUGCUACCGGACGUCUCGCGUUCAGGCCGAACUCGGGCUGUCCAGAGACACUCUCGUGGGGCUGGCUGUCCUCCUGGGCUGCGACUACAUCCCCAAGGGUGUCUCUGGAGUCGGUAAAGAGCAAACACUGAAGCUGAUUCAGAAUCUGAAAGGAAAAAGUCUGCUUCAAAAGUUCACCGAGUGGGACGCGGACAGAGCCGAAAGGUCAGAGGUCGCGGUGAAGAAGGUCACGCACUGUCUGGUUUGUCGACACCCAGGUUCGGCUAAAGCGCACGAGCGCGGCGGCUGCGCGUUCUGUGAGAGCGAGCGCUUCUGUUCGCCGCAGGACUACGAUUCCCAGUGUCCCUGUGAGUGGCACCGCACUGAACGCACUCGCCAGGCGUCCUCCGUCGAAGCCGGCAUCAAAAAGAAGGCGCUGGCGUGUGAGCAGUUCCCGUUCACUGAGAUCAUCAGUGAGUUCUUGGUGACGAAGGACAAACCCGUCCAGGCCUUCCGCAGGAGGAAACCCAACCUGCAGCUCAUGCAGACGUUUGCUCUGGAGAAGAUGGACUGGCCCAAACACUACAGCAGCGAGAAGGUUCUGGUGCUCAUGACCUACACCGAACUCAUGAACCGAAAACACGGCAGAGACUCUCAGGCCCAGAUCCAGCCCAUCAGAAUAUAUAAGCCACGUGUGAGGAACGGCGUCUCCUGUUUUGAAGUCAUCUGGAAGAAACCAGAUCACUACGUGUUCGCUGAGGGCUGUGAGGAGCAGACGGAGGUGCGGACGGUGGAGGAGGAGUCUCUCUUCGGCCUGGCGUUUCCCGGGAUCGUCCGGGACUUCCAGCGGGACAGAGCCGAAGCUCAGGAGAACAAAACGAAAAAAAAGAAGCCAAAAGUGAAGAAAGAGAAGCCGGCCGUUUCCCACGAUGCCGUGUCGGAUCUCUUCGCUCAGAUGUCUCUGCAGACGGACGCAGAUCCGGACCCUGGAUCUACCCAGAAUCCUCCACAGCCCGAUUCCCCUCCGUCCCCUGAGAUCCAGCCGCCUCCUCCUUCCCAGAAUUCACUGUCAGAGUCAGCUCUGAUUGGCCAGCUGCAUCUCAGCAGUAUAGACUGGGACUCUUCGUCGUUCACGGCCUCACCGUCCCAGAAGCCUCAGAGCGGCAAAACUGACCUGAGACCUGCGGAAAACACAGCCUGUUCUCUUAAGGAACGAAUAAUCGUGAAAAACACUCCGAAACAACAGCAGACGGGUCCUGAGUCUAAAGUAGACGACCGCCGUUCAAUCCCAUCAGUCCUGUCGAAAGUUCCCAAGACCAAAACAAAUACAACAGCCAAAACCACCAAAAACCCUUUCAGACCUGCAGCCAGGCCUCCAAAGGGCGUCUCGGGACGGUGUAACCCUACUGCGAACAGCAAAACCGUGUGUAAGACGAGUCCCGUCAGCGACGACAGCGACGCAGAGAAUCGACCCGGAUCACACAAACGCAGAAACGACGUCAAAGCCACGUCCAAACCACCAAAAACCGGCCCAACGGAUCCGCUCCGGCAGCAGAAAUCAGGCAGGAAUGAGCAGAUGAGUGUUAGAGCUGCUAAAACACCAGAGAAAGAGUCUCACGCUCCCGUCAGACCAGCGAAACCCAUCCAGGUGCAUCGUGGGACGGUUGAGGAGGACGAUUCGGACGCUUCGCUGGACAGUCCUCGACCGCUGGCCGAGAGACUGAAGAUGAGGUUUGCGAAAUGAAUGAAGCAUUUCGGUUUGUUUGAGAGAAUAAUGUUUGGAAUUAAAAUUUGCUAAUAAAUUUACGCACAACUUGUCUUUUUAUAUGCAGUAUCUUUCCCUUAUUUUCUACAUUAUUUUCUUGUUUUACUCGUAUACGAAAGUCCCGUAUUUUUAAAAACAAGAACAGUAGAUCCUUUGUAAUCCCAGUGAAAAUACAGAUGCGUUUUUAGACAGCGGCUGAAGGUUGCGGUAAAGAAUCAAACGUUCUCUUGUGCUGAAAGAAGCCGUCAGAAUAACAUCAGGAUAAAAGUAACAGUCUGGUCCUAAUAAGGACAUAAACGCCUGCUACUUCCUGUCGGGCCUUGAUCA